GUAUGUUAAUCAAUAAAUGAUUGGUGUGGGGCAGGAACAACAAUAUCAGCUGGAGUGCUAUUAUUCACUUUUCAACAGCUUGUCAACCAGAAAAAACCUUCCUUUAUAACAGUUCACUCUUCUACUACAUGUCAUUUCGUGCAGCUACACAGCAUGCGUUGAAUGUACGACGCAUUAUGUCGAUGACUCGUCAACCCCUCAGCAUCACGUCAGCCCGUAACCAAUCGACGUUAAAUACCGGCGAAAUACUUGAAGAUCCCCAGAUUGGUGAUUAUCCCAAUUUGCCUCGUUAUAGUGCACAAACGAGAGGACCUUAUGGUUGGGAUGAUCCACAGGAUAAGCGUAACUUUGGAGAAACUCUUCACGAAGAAGACGAGCUUUUCGGUGUUUGGGCACCUGAUUUGCACCAUUACAGUCCUUAUAAAGCUUUAUUCCAAUUCGGCCUUGCUACAGCUAUUUUUGCUACAUUUGCAGGCAUAGUUUACAAAACCUAUCCUGAUAAGCCAGCGGUUCCUCGAACGUAUCCUUAUAAUGGGUUAACUGAAGAAUUUGGCGCACGUGAAGGUGAUAUUCGUCCACGCGGAGCUCGUAUUGGAGAAGAGGAUGAAGAAUAAAGAAAGAAAAAAGGAUGUCAUUAUCAAAUUUGAGAAAAGAUAUAUAGAACCCUAUUAUGGAUUAUUCGAUCCAUUAACCUAAACGACCACACACUCUGUAUACAUUCCAUACACACACAAAGCUACAGCUUUUGUGAUUAAAUUUAUUUAUAAUGCUGCAACUAUCAGCAAAAAAGUAACUCUUUCGUUUCGUGGCCUGCUUUGGAUUUUUUACUGUGAUUCAAAUCGGACUUCUUUCCCUUUGUGUUUGAUUGUUCAGAAGGGUCGUCGAGAAACUUCUGUUCAGAAUGUUCAUUUGGAAAUAAGUUUUUUUUCAACAAAAAUGAUUUUCGAGAAAUGAAUAUAAAAGGAA